UUGUAUUCAUAGACCGUUAUCUGUAGGUUUUGACAUGGCCAAGACAUCAUUCUUGAUUUUGCUAUAAAUCAAAUCAAGCAGAAUGGCAUAUUGACACCAAAUUGGCGGCAAUAUCAGGUCUCAUCGUACUUCGCCUCCACAGCAGUUCCUCUGGUAUCGACUGUCAUGAUACACAACGAUCAGCGUCUCCCAAACCCGAAUUCCGUGGAUAACUUACCAUUGAUGCCCUUGGAUGGGUUCCACUCACAUUCUUCACCCCGUCACUCUCUAUCUGGUCAUCAAGAGACCAUGUCAGACCCUCAAAACUCCAGAUUUUCUCUCUUACCCGACGAAGAACCGUUUUAUCACCACCAAGAGACGUCUGGUGCGAGCCAUUUCCAGAACCCAAUUCGCCCGCAACUAUUUCGCCAGAGCCCCACCAAGAGCCACAGGGACAUUGUGCUCAAAGGCACCUGGCAACUUACGAAAACCUUCAUUGUUCCUUUCAUCACCAUUGCAUAUCUGACUUUUUGCUAUACGGUUCAAUAUCGAGUGGUUCGCUUCAAGGGAAAAGGGUUGUACGAUGAACUUGACGACACCUGGCUUGCCAUUGUCAAAUCCGGUUUAACAACGAUCAGCAUCAUUAUCGUCAGCAUUUCUCUCUAUCCUGUGUAUGAUCUGCUUUCCAGCUUGAAAAGCGAAGAAUUCUUCAGAGUCCUUCGCAGACGUCCCCAAGGCAUUCCUCUGUCUGCAAUCAAUUCCAUUUCCAACCCUUCCUGUGGAACUAUUGAGACUAUCAUGCUCAUCAUACACAAACAAUGUUCUCGGUAUUUCGUCACUGCCUUUGUUGCAGCAGGUAUUGCGUGGGUUGCAUCGGCGCUUGCACCUGCCGCUUUGAGUAUUCAGCCCGUUCUGGCCGAUGGAGAUAUCCAAGCAUUUCUUGUUGGUGCUGUUCCGCCUUUGAGCUUUUACAGACCCACUGCAUCCGAACAAACUAUUCCGUCUAUGAAGCAAGCCGUUUCCCCUGGGUAUCCCGCUUCUAUAGCGUGGGCAGAAAUGGCACUGGGCAUGUCAUAUGCGUACACCAUAUCGAGCAAGUCACUUGAUAAACACGCGGCUUAUCUCACGCCAAUGCCGACCAGCAUCCAAGCUUCGACAAGUGCAAGAUGGUUAAGUGACGUAGUUGGACUCGAUCCUUUUUGCACAUGGGCAAAUGCUGUCAAUCUUACCAAGUCUUCAUCAUCAAAAGCGAUGAAUAGUUCCAGCGUAGCCUCCACGGCUGUUACUGCAUACCUCUUGGGUCUCGAUCUUGAUAUUUCCGUUCCAAGCAGCCUUUUCCCGGUGUAUAAAUCCAAAUAUGUAACACGGAUUUACGUGUUGGAUCCAACUAUAUAUGUCAAAAAUCAUACCACUCACACACUGCCGUCUGACGGCUCGACGACUUUUGCCGUCAUUGCUUGUACCGAAGGUUGCACAGGAAACCAGAUCAACAUCUACCCAGACUUUACAGACAUACCGACUCUGCAGUUUACUGCGCCAAAUAACACUUACGAACUCGCGUUCCUCGUGUGUAAGCCCAACAUCGUCAUCGAAACGCGCGAGGUGCGCACACAAGGGUCCUUCAUAUUCGAGGUCCAGCCACUCCCAGAAGGGAAAGCUUACCCAAGGCAAGGAAACUUGGACCACACGCAAACCUCCUUUAUGUUAAGCAUAGCGACGUCCGUCCUAUCCUCAGACUCAGGCCCUCAGACAUCAGCAUGGUUCGGCCUCGGGUCAGAAACACAAGUCAAUUUCCUCUUUUCGGAUGCUCAGAUGAACGCUAUCGAUCUCAGCAAACUGGGCGUAACAAUAACACUUCAACCAGUGCCCCUCAAGAACCUUACACAAGGGUACACUCAAAUAGUACAAGCUGCGGCGAAGGCAUACAUCACGGGUGGCCUAGGCACUGCUUAUGUCCCGGCUCGAGUGUCGAGAAUGCAACUCAUCUUCGCGUCGUCACUCCCACACGUCAUCUUGGCUACCGUUGCGUUCGCGCUUUUAUGGGCACUGAACAUAUACGCGCACUUCCGCCAAGGAAAAUAUUACGAUUUCACGCUCGUCAACGUCGGAGCUGCAUUGCACAAUUCGGAAAUACCCGAACAGUUUUCACAGAUGAAAACGCAUGCAGCCAAUCAAAAAAUCCCUCAUUCACGCUGGAUUAAAGUUGCCGGGGUGCGGUUCAAGACCGGUUCGAGGUAUGACAGCCCGAACCCGAACACGAACCUGUUCAUGAUAUCUCAAGGCCAUCGAACACGAACAUUAGCCAACGGUUCGGUCAAGAACCGGUCCUAUAUGGUGCUGUUCAGGUAUUAGAGCUAUUUCGCACCCAACUGCACUUCGUCGACAGCGUCGUCGAGCCAACGUUGUCUCCGCGCAGCGUCCUUGGCUUCCAUCUCAGCUUCGUGAUGCCUCCGCUCCUUCUUGUACUUAUUCUUUACAAUUUGAAUGUCACCAAAGUUUGCUGGA